CGGGGCGCGGGGCCCUCACUCUCCAGUUCCUCUUCCCCCCGAGCGGUCCGGCGCCCUCCCCGCCCCCGCCGGCCUCCGCGCGACGCGAUGCUCGGCUUCAGGAGAAACGCGGUGAUCGGCCUCAACCUCUACUGCGGCGGCGCCGGCGUGGGGGCCGGCAGCGGCGGGGACGCGGGGCCGCCGGCGGGGCGGCUCUCGGCCGCGGGCAAGGAGGCCGCGGCCCGGCGCGAGGCCGGGGGAGGGGAGGCCGGCGCGCUGAUGGGCGGCGGCGCCGGCGCGGGCUCCCCGGCCGCCCUCGCGCCGGACGCCCGGAGGGUCGCGCGGCCCGCGCCCAUUGGCGCCGACGGCCUCGACGUCACGGCGACCCCCGCGCGGCGGCUGUUGUUCGCGCCCGCCCGCCGCGCGCCGCCGCCUCAGGAGAUGGCAGCGCCGGCCGCCGACGCCAUCAUGUCGCCCGAGGAGGAGCUGGACGGGUACGAGCCGGAGCCCCCGGGGAAGCGGCCGGCGGUGCUGCCCCUGCGCGGGCUGGUGGGCGAGGCCGGCAGCGCCUCGGGCACCGACGGCUCCCUGCCGUCCACGCCGCCGCCGGCGGAGGAGGAGGAGGACGAGCUGUACCGCCAGUCGCUGGAGAUCAUCUCCCGGUACCUCCGCGAGCAGGCGACCGGCGCCAAGGACGCCAAGCCGCUGGGCCGCCCCGGCGCGGCCGGCCGGAAGGCGCUGGAGACCCUGCGGCGCGUGGGGGACGGCGUGCAGCGCAACCACCAGACGGCCUUCCAAGGCAUGCUGCGGAAGCUGGACAUCAAGGGCGAGGACGACGUCAAGUCCUUGUCUCGGGUGAUGGUCCACGUUUUCAGCGAUGGAGUAACCAACUGGGGCAGGAUUGUGACUCUUAUUUCUUUUGGUGCCUUUGUGGCCAAACACUUGAAGAGCAUAAACCAAGAAAGCUGCAUCGACCCGUUAGCAGAAAGCAUCACAGACGUCCUCGUCAGGACGAAACGAGAGUGGCUAGUCAAACAAAGAGGCUGGGAUGGGUUUGUGGAUUUCUUCCAUGUAGAGGACCUAGAAGGUGGCAUCAGAAAUGUGCUGCUGGCUUUUGCAGGUGUUGCUGGAGUCGGAGCUGGUCUGGCAUAUCUAAUAAGAUAGCCUUUAAGUGCAAUAUUGACUCUUAACCAACUCCAGCCACCAAGACCACAUAACGACUGCUGUGAAAUCAAGUGUAUUUAUGAAGUUGGACUUCAAGUUGCCCAGGCUGUAACCUCCAAGAGUUCUGCUCUAGCAAGCGUAGAAAAGCAAGUGGCAAGGGGAUUCUGGGUAACAGGAAUAAAUACUUGGGAAAAGUAGUCCUUGAAGAGUCACUGUUUGAAAGAAGCAAAGUUUAGUUUUACCUAUAGGCAAACUUUUGAGAGGCCAUGGAUGGAGGAGGGGGACUUGAGAUUUAGCAAAGACGGUGGAGAAACUUAAUUCCCUUGUCUAGAACAGGAGAGUGGCCAGUAGCCAGGCUAGUCAUAGUUCAGUAAACACGUCCUUCGAGUUUAUUUACUUCCUAAUAGUGUUGAAAAAGGAGAUGCUCUAAGACCAGUGAUGGCUGUGUGGUGUGGAUUUAAGCUACAAGAAACAGACCUAUGACUCGAAGCCUCAGUACUGUACAACAGAGUGUGAAGGGAAGCUUUUAUCCUUUAAUGAGCUUUCCCGGGUGUACUUAUUGACAAGUUUGAGUGUUUAAGGGUUUUAUACCUUUGGUUUGGUUUGAGUGAUUCCUAGUUUAUUAGCCUAGUUAAUGGCCAAGAAUACUUGACUUAAGGCUCAAUGAUUGCAGUUAAAAUGUGGAAUAUCCUCAAUUUUUGAAAUGACUUGUUGUAAAUGUAUGUCUGUAAAAAUGUAUAUAUUUUUACAGAGUCUAUUUCCUUGAAAUGUAAACAGUCAAAUUUACAUGUUUUUCAUACCCUUUUGAAAUUUACAACUUAGUAGUUAGGAACCUAUUUCUUACAGCUUUUCUAUUAUAAAUGUCCUGGUCAGUUCUAGAAUGUAUAUGGAACCAAUUGAUGUUAAUUGUAUGCAGUUUGGUUGUAGUGGAACAGCUCUGAUUGGUAACUGCAGGUUUUUAUUUUCCUGCCUGAUUUUGGUAAGUACUCUUUAGAUGGGAUUUUUUUUUUUUUAAAAACAAACCUAGAGUUGAGAAGUUGAGGAAAGGAAAAUCAGUCCUUUCACUUUGUUACAUGUAAGUUUUGAAUAAUUAAGUUGGAGUUUUAAGGGUUUGUUUUUUGGUGAGGGGGGAAUGCGCCACAGGGUGAUGACUUCAAAAUAAUGGGCUCUGAUUGGGCUGCUACACAAUUGAGUUCUUUCCAUUUGACAGAAUUUAACUGGUAAAAUUAAACUUGAGUUCAUGAGCUCAUCUUCAAAGCCUUUAUUAAAAGAUAUUCAGCUGUUCCAAAUGGGACGACUAAGUGUGUGUAUAAAAAGAUCCCAUCAGGUGCAUGGAGAGACAUUUGAUCCCUUGUUUGCAUAAUAUAAACGUAAAACGAUGUCUUAGAAAAGCAGGCUAUAGUCUAACCAUGGUGCUAUUAUUAGGCUUGUUUAAGGACAGGUCUGAGCCUAGUUUUAUCAAUAAAACAAAUACUGUUUCAUUUUUAUUACUGGUUCCCAAACUUUGUUUCAAAUUUUUGCACUGGCAUCUCUUUGAUUUCAGAUUUGAUAUUCUUUAAAACUUAGCAUUUAUUUGCUAUUCUUCCUUUGAAUAUUUGCUGCUUAUUCUGCUCCCUGAACAGAUUUUUCCUGCGUCUGAACCUAGCCGUUUUUGAACUGUUAGUCCUUUUGGAGCUUGGUACUAGUAAUCUGAGUAAGCCCACUGCUCUCCCCUGGAGUCCACAGACCUCCAGCUUUCACAAAUUGUAUCUUGGGGGUAGUGGUGUCCUGGCUUGUUGUGGCAGCAGUCUUGAGGUGGGAGGAGUCCCUUUUUUGAAUGCACCCUUUUGGUGGUUCUGUCAUUACUUGGAAAAGUCCUUUUAGGGAUUUCCGUAGAAGGGAAACAAUCGUGAUUUUUCUUUUAUAUUCCUUUGCAUUUGAAUGUUAAAUUUUAUACAAAGAAGUGGGGUCCAUGAAGUCUCAAAGAGUUACAAAAAAAAGCUACUGGUAAACUAAAAACUUCAGAACAUGACCUUUAAUCUGUGGACUUCAGAUAAAAAUAGGCAUAAAUUAAAUGACUGAGAAUGUAAUGGGAGAAUUGUCAUGCCUGCCCACCUCCGAGCCAUAGGUAAUCUAACUAGAGCUAUUUUGCUUGUGUAUUUAUCUUGAUCAUAAACCACUUAUUUAUAUCAUGUGUCUCUCUAAAUACCUACAAGCACUUUAUGUAGUUUUUGAUCUUAAGAUCUGGUUAUGGUGGCGAAAAGGCCUGUUUCCCCAUACCCUGUGUGGAAGUAAGUGCAUAGAUGAAAACUGGUGGAGUUUAGGGUCCCCAUUUCCAAUUUACUAGGUGUGACUGUUGAAAUGUAGGUGAGGGUCUCAGUUGAAAUGUUGUGUUGGGGUUGUGAUGGUUGGGGAGCCCAAGUGCUUUGGGAAAAGGGGGGGGUUGGUUUAUAGGGAGAGGAGGCAAGUGUUGUAAAAUUGCUGACUAGCUGCAUCACACAGGCAAAUCCUCCAGGAUGGGAAGGGAGGGGCUGCUUGGAAAGGUGGCUCUCAGCAACUUGUCUGUCUUACACUUCUCUCAGGGAAAGACAUGUGGGUCUCUGGUGUCAUCCAUGUGUAUUCUCUGGGGGUUGACAUUUUGGUUCUGGUUAAACAGUUAAUGCUGUUGACAGCUGUUGCCAGGAAGGCUUAGGACCAACUACAGAUUAAUGCGGGCUGUAAAAUGUAGUGUUUCCCUAACUUCCUGUUUUUCCUGAGAAGAAAAUAAUAAAUCUUUUAUUCAAAUUGAAGGUGUGGUAUGGGUGUUUUCUGAUUUAUGGGCCGUCUUCCUUCCCCCUCGUAGUCAAGCCUUUUGGGGAAGUCUCAUGAGCCAAUGAGCAUAGGUGAGUUAAGAGGCCCCAUAAAGCUGAGUUGCCUUAAAGCAAAGGACAAGUCC